CCGGUCCAAUCAGGAUAGGUCUCUACUGCGCCUCGGUGACGUCACACAAACACACGAAAAAUGGCGGCGGCUCUGAGCAGUGAGUUUAGCGACUUGGUGCAGAUUAAAAAGCAGCUGAUUUCUAUGAUAUCGCAAUGUAAGGAGCGCGGGCUGGUGCAUAGUGUAAAGUGGGCAUCUGAGUUGGCAUUUUCUCUCGAUCCUCUCCCACUGAGUGAGGUUCCCUCUCCACCACACGUCACUGAGGAUGAAGCCCACGACCUGGACGCUUUGUGUUUGGCGAAGUCGUAUUUCGAUCUAAAAGAAUAUGAUCGUGCAGCAUAUUUCCUGCGUGACUGCCACAGUCAGAAAGCGUAUUUUAUCUACAUGUACUCGCGCUAUCUGUCAGGGGAGAAGAAGAAGGACGAUGAGACCGUGGACAGUCUGGGUCCUCUGGAGAAGGGCCAGGUGCGUAAUGAGGCUCUGAGGGAACUGAGAGUGGAGCUCAGCAAGAAACACAAUGCUGGAGAACUGGAUGGAUUCACACUCUACCUGUAUGGUGUUGUGUUGAGGAAACUGGAUCUGAUGAAGGAAGCAGUGGAUGUGUUUGUGGAGGCAACGCAUUCUCUCCCUCUGCACUGGGGCGCCUGGCUCGAGCUCUGCAACCUCAUCACCAACAUUGACAUGCUGAAGUCUCUAUCCCUGCCGGACUGUUGGGUGAGGGACUUCUUCAUGGCCCACAUGUAUACGGAGCUGCAGAUGAUUACGGAGGCACUGCAAAAAUACCAGAGUCUGAAGGAGGCUGGAUUCUCCAAGAGCACCUACAUCAUCUCCCAGAUCGCUGUCGCCUACCACAACAUUCGAGAUAUCGACCAGGCAUUGGACCUGUUUAAAGAGCUCCGUGAACAGGAUCCAUUCCGCAUUGAGAACAUGGACACGUUCUCUAACCUGCUGUAUGUCCGGAGUAUGAAGCCGGAGCUGAGCUAUCUCGCCCACAGCCUGGUGGAAAUCGACAAAUACAGAGUGGAGACCUGCUGUGUCAUUGGUAAUUACUACAGUAUGCGGUGUCAACAUGAGAAAGCGGCUUUGUAUUUCCAGCGAGCGCUGAAACUGAGCCCUCGCUGUCUCGGGGCCUGGACGCUGAUGGGCCACGAGUACAUGGAGAUGAAGAAUACGUCCGCUGCCAUCCAGGCCUACAGACAUGCAAUCGAGGUAAAUAAGCGGGAUUACCGGGCGUGGUACGGACUUGGUCAGACUUACGAAAUCCUCAAGAUGCCCUUCUACUCGCUGUACUACUACAGGAAAGCUCACCAGCUCAGGCCCAAUGACUCCCGUAUGCUUGUAGCUCUCGGUGAAUGUUACGAAAAACUCUCACAGCAGGUUGAAGCUAAAAAGUGUUACUGGCGAGCGUAUUCAGUGGGAGAUGUGGAGAGGAUGGCACUGCUCAAACUUGCCAAGCUUCAUGAGCAGCUGAAUGAGUCGGAUGAUGCGGCUCAGUGUUACAUUAUCUAUGUCCAGGACAUUUUCUCCUGUGGGGAGAAGUUGGAGCAUGUGGAGGUGAGCACAGCGUUGCGUUAUCUUGGUCAGUAUUACUUCAAGAACAAACUGUACGAUGAGGCGUCAUUUUGUGCACAACGCUGCUGUGACUACAAUGAAGCACGUGAAGAGGGAAAAGCUCUGCUGCGUCAGAUCUCAGCUGUCCGGGAACAGGGAGAAUCAUCGUCCGAGCAGAGUGUGUUUAACCCACUGAACACGGCCACACACACACUGCAGAGUGUGUACAACACCACCACACCAAUUCGGAGAGUGUCUCCUCUCGACCUGUCCUCCAUCACACCCUGACACACACACACACACACGCACCCAUCCACAUAGUUCAUACUUAAUCAUGUUCUUAUGCUGUACAGAUUGAUAUUUUCAGUUUGCUCAGAAAUAACCUGUAUGUGUAAUUUGAUUAAAUAAAGUUUUUCAUUUUUGAAACGUGCAA